AAAAAUAACAACCUCCGCGCACAAGCAAGUGCCUCCCCCGGGGGUGUGUGUGUGUGUGUGUGUGUGAGAGGGGGGGGGGUUCUAGUCCCAAAUAUACUUGCUUGCUGGGAUACAGCUUGAUGUGUGUUUGAAUCGUAACGAGGAAAGAAAAAAAAAAAAAAAAAAAAAAAACAAGCCGCGUCUUCCUCGCAUUGCGCGUCAUUCAAACAGGACUCAGUGUACUGCUUUUCCCUCUGUUGCAUUAGUAAUAACAGCGGCGUUGACGGGAGACAGCAGGAGAGAGAGAGAGGGAGAGAGAGAGAGAGAGAGAGAGAGUGUGUGUGUGUCUCCGACAGCGGUGCCCAGCGGAGGAAUAUUUUGAGCUUUUUAUUUACUCUGCAGCUUGUUGUUCAUUUUUCUCUGCGUUAUGGUGAACUUGGACAGUCACGUGUGAACAAUCCUGUGUGCAAGUACAGAGAGGACGACGACGACUUCUCACCUGGUGUGUUCCCUUUUUUUUUUGACUUUACCGUGAGGGGGGAAAUAUACCUGCGUUUUUUUUUUUACUCUCGAUAGCUGACGCUGCUGGAUUCCUCCCACUCCUGUGACGGACAACAGCAGCAAGUUUUCUCCCAAAGGGAUGAAAUAUGCGCACUCUGCGCCCGUAGAAAAAAGCAGACGACGCACACUGUAAAGUCCAAAGUGGUUUUAAAUCAUGAUGAUGCAGGAGUCGGCCACAGAGACAAUAAGCAACAGUUCAAUGAGUCAAAAUGGAAUGAGCACCCUAAGCAGCAGCCAAUUAGAGGCUGGCAGUAGAGAUGGGAGAUCAAGCGCUGGUGACACGAGCAGCGAAGUAAGCACAGUCGAGCUGCUGCAUCUGCAACAACAGCAGGCCCUACAAGCAGCGAGGCAAUUACUCUUGCAGCAGCCAGGCAGUGGCCUGAAAUCUCCAAAGAGCCAGGACAAGCAGCGUCCACUGCAGGUUCCAGUGUCAGUGGCCAUGAUGAGUCCCCAGGUGAUCACGCCGCAACAGAUGCAGCAGAUCCUCCAGCAGCAGGUUCUCUCCCCCCAGCAGCUCCAGGCCCUGCUCCAGCAGCAGCAGGCUGUAAUGCUGCAGCAGCAACACCUGCAGGAGUUUUAUAAGAAACAACAGGAACAGCUUCAUCUGCAGCUUCUCCAGCAGCAACACCCCGGCAAGCAGGUUAAAGAGCAACAGCAACAGCAGCAGCAGCAGCAGCAGCUGGCCGCCCAGCAGCUCGUCUUCCAGCAGCAGCUCCUGCAGAUGCAGCAGCUCCAGCAGCAGCAGCACCUGCUCAACAUGCAGCGGCAGGGCCUUCUCACGCUGCCCGGGCCCGCACCCGGCCAAGCCGCCCUGCCCGGACAGACCCUGCCCCCACAAGCUGGCCUGAGCCCCGCAGAGCUCCAGCAGUUGUGGAAGGACGUGACCGGAGGUGGCGGUCACAGCAUGGAAGACAACGGCAUCAAACACAGCAGCAGCGGCACUGGCACCGGCGGAGGUGGUGGUGGUGGCGGCGGCGGCUUAGACCUCUCCACCAAUAACUCUUCUUCAACUACCUCCUCCUCCAAUCCCGCCAAAGCAUCGCCGCCCAUCUCUCACCAUUCCAUCGCCAACGGACAGUCCCCCGUCCUGAACCACAGAAGAGAGAGGGAAAGGGAACGGGAAAGGGAGCGAGAGAGUUCACUACAUGAAGAAAGUGGAGGGACUCACCCCCUGUACGGUCACGGAGUGUGCAAGUGGCCCGGCUGCGAGAACAUCUGCGAGGACUUCGGACAGUUUUUGAAGCACCUAAACAGUGAACAUGCCCUCGACGACCGGAGCACAGCCCAGUGUAGAGUCCAAAUGCAAGUCGUACAGCAGCUGGAAAUCCAACUUUCUAAAGAACGUGAGCGUCUUCAGGCGAUGAUGGCCCACUUGCACAUGCGGCCCUCGGAACCCAAGUCAUCUCCCAAACCACUCAACUUGGUGUCCAGCGUCACCAUGUCCAAGAACUUGCCCUCAGCAUCGCCCCCCAACUUACCUCAGACACCCACCACGCCCACGGCGCCGAUCACGCCCAUGGCCGCCAUGCCCCAGGUGCCGUCGGUACUGGGAGGAGCCAACGUCCCCAGUAUGGGAGCCAUGCGCCGACGCCACUCGGACAAAUACUCCAUGCCCCUGUCGUCAGGUGGUGACACAGUAUUUAUUUUUCCAGAGAUCGCCCCAAACUACGAGUUUUAUAAGAACGCAGAUGUCAGACCGCCAUUUACUUAUGCAACCCUCAUAAGACAGGCUAUCAUGGACUCUGCCGACAUGCAGUUAACGCUUAAUGAAAUCUACAGCUGGUUCACACGCACAUUCGCCUACUUCAGACGCAAUGCUGCAACUUGGAAGAACGCCGUUCGCCACAACCUCAGUCUGCACAAGUGCUUUGUGCGCGUGGAGAACGUGAAGGGGGCGGUGUGGACAGUAGACGAGGUGGAGUACCAGAAACGCAGGUCGCAGAAGAUCACAGGAAGCCCAUCACUUGUCAAGAACCUGCCCUCCAGUCUCGGCUAUGGAACUGCACUAAACGCCAGCUUACAGGCUGCCCUUGCAGAGACCUCCCUGCCUUUGCUGGGGACCCCCGGCCUCAUGAACAGCGGCUCGAUGGGAGGCAGCUGCCACGGCCUCCUCGGCGGAGACCCGUCCGGCCUGAUGGGCGGGAGUCCACCCGGACUUUUGGGCGGCAGUCCGCCUGGACUGAUGGGUGGCAGCCCCCCAGGUACGCUGAGCGGCAGCCCACCGAGCCUGAUGCAGUCCGCCCACGAUGAGCUCAACGGCUCGCUCGACCACCUGGACACCAACGGACACAGCAGCCCCGGAUACUCCCCACCAGUACACAUGCCACCCAUUCACGUGAAGGAGGAGCCACUCAACAUGGAUGACGACGACUGUCCGAUGUCACUGGUGACGACAGCCAAUCACAGUCCAGAGCUGGACGAUGACCGGGAGCUGGAGGAAGGGAACUUAUCAGAAGACCUGGAGUGACUAGGAUACAGCUUUUGGUCAACGUAUCCCUUCACCCAGCCGCACUGUUUCUCUCACACAGACCUCCUGCAAGACUAGAAACCACUCCACAGUCCAAGCAAAACCACAGCUGACUCUCUCUUUGUCUCUCUCACCACUGGGACUAUUUAUUGAGCAUGCAUCCGGAUGGACAGCGAUCCGAAGGAACUCUUUGUUGCAGCCCUUUGGGAUCCCCAAACAUGACAGGCAUGAGAUGUCUGAUUAAAAAAAUAAAAAUAAAUUAAACUCUUUGAGACCUAUUUCAUUAGAGAUGGCGUGGCCACAUUACAGUACAAGGAUGAUGGACUCAUGGAUGGAGGAAAAAAACCAUGAAACAAAUGAGCAAAUCAUGUUCCGUUGAAAAGCUAGCGGCCUCAUAUACUGCCAAAAAGGAAGACGUUUUAUGUUUGUGAAUAAUCCAACCCCCAGUAGUUGUUAAUGUCUAGAGACAAUUGCUGGUUCAAUUCAAGUUGUUGCUCUGUUUAUCAUUUGCACAGGAGUAGUCUCAGAAAUUUGUGUCACUGCCUGUAUGUUGCUACUAUUAUGAAAACCAGUAUAUUAUUUUUAGCUUUUUUUUCUUCUUCCUUCCUUUUUUUUCUUUUUUUUUUUUCUUAACCAUCGUUAAUUUCUAAAAAUAUAUAAUUUCAGACACCACCAACUGUAAAUGCCAUUCCCUGAAUCACACCAGUAAACGGAACUGCGGUACCAAAACUGUUGUUGCAGCUGUCCAGAAAAAAAAAAAGAAAAAGAAAAAAAAGUUGGCUUCCAGUCUAUUAUCUGUUUGUGAUAUAAAGUUAAAAAACUGGAAAUUCAGUUGGGGGAAAAAAAAAUAGUUUGUGUAAAGCACCAUUUACAAAACAAAUGCAUUUCUGCAUAAUUUUCUUCUUGCUGUUCUCCUUACCUCCUCGUUCUAAAGCUUUGUCUACCUGCAAACAGUCACAGGCAACAGCUAGAAACCAAAGCCAACACUAGCAAUGGCCAAUAGCUUAUAGACAGAAGCCACCAAACUCCUCUUGGUCCGUCUUCUGUGACUUUAAACUAGUACAAAGAGAAGCUUUUGUUCCGCAAACUACCUUCGAAUAACCUCUGGGAUUGUUUUCAUUUUAGCCCUAUACAAAGAUGAUCACCAAGUAAGAAAGAGAGGGGGAAAUAAAUGCUGAUUUUGAUUUGUGUAAUUUGAUAACUCAUAGAACGUCCACUUUGGAGAUUUCCUGCCAGACGUACUGUAGGUCAAAAGUGAUGUGAUAUAUGAACUGCAGGCAUUUUGUGCUGGUGAUUUGACUGGUAGAGAGCAGCUAACUGUAAAAGUGGAUUAUGACCAAAACAAAAACAUUUGUGUAUUCAAUGGAAGUGCAGAAACAUUGUGUUGUUGUGAAGUUUAUUUUCCUUUUUUUUAUUUUUACUUUUUAUUUGUUAUGCAUUGAACACAUCAGAUGUCAUUAUUUUACUUUUACGAUUUGUUUUUCUAACCUGGUGAAUAUGUAAUGUUCUAAGUGGGACUGUCAAAAUAAUGUCACGUCUUAUUUCCGUGGCGGUUUUGUUUCCCGAGCCGCGUCGAAACCGAAACUGAAAACAUCGCUAACCAAACAUGAAAAAUAUCUAGUGAAGCCAAAUAAGUCAUAAUUUCAAGUUGAUAUGAAAUGAUGUGGCUUGGUUACCAUGUAAAAGCAAAUAAUAAUAGCCAUUGCAGAAGAGGAUAUCUAAGGUGAAAGUUAACCUUUUCUAGGUGAUAUUUGCUUUAACUUGUCAUCAAAUACUCAUUGUGUGGUUCAUAGCUUCUAAACUAUAUGGAUACAACUGGUGUCAGCACUGAUGUACUCUGUAUAGGUAGCCAGCUUUUUAUAACACACUUGGUAUUUCUAGAUACUAAAGAAGAAGUAGUUAUCGUGGAGACUACGUCCCAUCAUUUCCCUCACAGCUAAUGUCAUCUAGAAAAGUGUUGUUGCUUUAACGGUCAUUUCUGUUUUCAGUAAACCAAAGUUACACAAAAUUCUGCCUCCUCUUGUAUGGGAUAAAAAAAAAAAAACCCGACCACACACACACACACCCUGUUGGAGACAAGCAUACAUGCGCACACAUACAUACACACACACACAGAUCCCAACUUUUGCCAACCUUCUUGUUCCGGUUUACUCUUCUACUCAGCUGCAGAAAAUGCAUGCUGUCAAAGAGCCGACGAGUGGCUUUGUAUCGUGCUGGAACGAGCGACGCGUCUGCCCGCUUUGACCAAAGUGGAAACACUGUGCUUAUGUUGUUUUCAAGUGUUGUGCCAAGUCGAGGAAUUGGCUGUAAGAGCUUAACACGCAGACACGUGCAGUACUUUACAAACACACAGCAUGUAAAGUACACACACACACCUACACACACACACACUCACAUGCCAGUUCCACGUCAAGAGGGUACUGGGCCCAGGAACAAAGCUUAUCCCUUCAAUACUUAGCUGGAGUCAGCAAAACGACUUGAAGACGACGUUCUUAAUAAUCUUAUCACACCAAAUAAAAAGGACGCUGCGUCUUUCAAAAGAAAAAAAAAAGAAAAAAAAAAGGGUUCUCCCACUUACCCAAAAAGGCUUUCUAAAAGCUUCUACCUCUGCACAACAAAUUCAGAACAAUUAUGACAGAUUGCACGAGUUAUUAGAAUGCCACAAGAGCUGUUACACUUUACUACGCUUGUCUCAUAGGACGUGGCUCCAAACCAACGUUUACAUUCCCUGCGUCAAGAUAUGGAAGAUUUGCAUUGUAAUAGGUUGUCCUCAAACAUUUGUAGAAUGAUAAUGUAUAGAUUACCUGUAAGGGAAUAUUGUGUUUUAAAAAAUGCAUGUCUAAAAAUCAUUUGGUGGACUGGAAACAAGAACCAAUAAAAAGAAUAUAAUAAAAAUCAUCGGGACGAUGGCCUCAAUGUACGUACAAUGCAUAGGAGUGCAUUACCUCAGAUAUACUGUUUUGGGAGGGAUAAAACCUGUCAGCCACAGAAUGCAUAUUACCUGUAGAUUUGCAUGGGUUUUGUAUAAAUUAAGUAAAAAAAAAAAUGUCUAAAAUAGUUGCUUGCACAUAAUACCAGAAAGACCUCCAGAACUGCGAUCUGCUCCUCCACUAGAUUUUAGGAUUGUCUGGAUUUUCUGGGUUGAUUUUGUCUGUAUUUUGAUAACUGUGCAUACUUAUGUAAAAAAAUGUUGGUGGACCCAUAAAUUUACCAGACUUUUUUCUAAGAGGAAAAAAAAAUCUCAGUGUUUCUUUUCUGACUUACCUGAAUUUUUACUGUUUCUCUCUCAUUGCUCGCUAAGAAUAGCAAACCUGCUUUUUCUGCAUCUGCUUUGCGUAGCUGUAAGGCUUAACCUAAUGUGUGUAUUUAUUGCUUGUACCUCUGUGCAUACUUUAUGAAGCAUUAUGUCUGGCAGUUGAGUCAUGUAUCCUUUCUACUGCUAUCCUUCUCUAAUAAUUGGGAAUAUGAUCCCCCUAUGUAUACAGUAAAUUGGGACUGUAGCAAACAUAUGUUUAUGUAAUUGGUGAAGACUUUUUUUUUUUUUUUUUGGUUUCAUUUCCUUUUGAUCAAGAUUCAACUACUUUUUUUGAUACUUUUCAUUACUGUGUACUGUGUCCAUACGUUAAAGGUUCUCUGACAUUAGAAGGUCAUGGUUGAGAAUUGUAACAGACGUUAUUAUUUUCUGUAUUCAUGGCAUUUCACUGCUGAAUAAAAUAAAGGACCAAAACUUGGAAUUUGAAAAGCAA